UAUUCAUUAGUUUCUCAGCAAGGCGUUGGUGGUGUAAUGGUCAGCAUUGUUGCCUUCCAAGCAGUAGAUCCGGGUUCGAUUCCCGGCCAACGCAGUGCUUUUUUUUUAUUUUUAGUAAUUUUUAUUGUUUGAACAAUGCUUUUUUGGAAAAACAUGUCUCCUGGAAGGAAAACAGCUUUAUUUUUUGCUUCUGGGGGACUUCUAGCUACAAUAGCAUACAUUUCUAGGAGAAGAAGCUACAAGAAACAAGCAGAAAACAUACCAAAAUCAGAGACAGCAGAGAAAAGGCUAAAAUUCACAAACAAGACAGUGCUAAUCACAGGAGGAGCUGGUAACAUAGGGGCAGCCACAGCCCACGCAUUUGCCAAGGAAGGAGCAACUCUAGUACUAGUUGACCUGCCACGAUUAUGUGGAAAGAUGAGAGAAGCAAGAAAAGGGCUCCUUUUAGAGGGUGCAAAAGAGGUCCAUGUUUUAGGAGCAAAUGUAAGUAAUUCUCAAGACGUACAGAGAAUGGUCUCAGAGGCUCUGAGUGUGUGUGGGCGUAUUGACUGUUUCUUUAAUAAUGCUGGCAUACAGGGAGAAAUGGUACCACUUCACGAGCAGUCAGAUGAAGAAUUUCAAACGACAAUCCAAGUUAAUUUAUACGGAGUGUUUCUGGGAAUGAAGUACGUGUCACGAGCGAUGAUGAUGUCCGAUAAAAAUGGAGGGCCAGGAGGAGGAGUCAUUGUCAAUACUGCAAGCAUGGCGGGUCUGAUCGGGCCCGGAAACAUGGCCGCCUACGCUGCAUCGAAGUUCGGAGUCGUGGGUCUAACAAAAACCGGUGCCAAAGACCUCGCACCUCAUAACAUCCGAGUUGUUGCCAUAGCACCCGGUCUCGUUGAGGGAUACAUGUGGGACAGGCAAGUGAGGUUGCGGGCAUUAUUUAGGAAACGUCAAGAAGGGACAGAGGAGGAACCAAGCGAGAGAGAGAUUAAAGAACAAGAGGCCAGGAUGCUGGCAGCAACUCCACUAGGACGUGUUGCUAGGCUAUCAGAGAUUGCUGAGGUGGUCGUGUUCCUCUGCAGCGAGUCCGCUUCAUACAUAACUGGAUCUGUGAUACCCAUAGAAGGAGGACGGUUACAAUAGUUUUUAUAGUGAAAGUUAUUAAACACGUGUUGUCACGUGUAUGUUAAAAA